AUGGUGACCCCACGGUGUUUCUCACGAGCUACCCUGGUAUUGCUGUCGGUUAUCCUGAGUCUCCUGCUGUUUACCGCCCUCCGAGUUCACAAUGGAAUCCCGCCAACCGUCUCCAUCUCAGCCGCUCAGUCCAUGGUUGAGAACCUAGCGGGGGAAUGGUUCCAUCUCGACCGGCAGCACCCAGACAAAGUCUCACCCUUUACCCCGCAAGCGGACAAUGCCGCAGAAGAACCAAAACCGCCAGAGCUCCCGGUAGAAGGCAAAUCAAGUCGGAACCUCGCUCGACCUCCGGAGCUGGAAUACCUUCGACAGGAAAAGUUUGGCCUCACAGACACAAUCCUCUACACCCAGCAAUGCAUCAAACCCGUUUACGACAAGACCGUCGAUCGAAAUCUUGUCUCUAACAUCACCACCCCUUUCACCUCAAACAAAUCAACCAUCGGCCUCACCCUCAGCGACGAAAAUCUCUCCCUCCCACCGUGCAACCCCAUCUCCCUUCCCGUUUCAAAACCCUAUCCCAAAACCCCCCACCCGGAGCUCAUAUUCGGCGUAGCCUCCACCUACGAGCGUCUCUCCUCCGAGUCCACCCUCUCAGCAUUCGCCCACUGGUUGUCCCACUCCAAAUCAAGACUCAUCCUCACAAUAACAGAUUACCACUCCCUCCCCUCGCCCUCUGCCUCUUCAUCUUCCCUACUAAAACUGUACCACUCCCGCUCCAUCUUAGUCUCCGCCUUCCCCCCCCCCCCACCCCCCGCCCACACCAAGAAUUACACCACCCCCCAACUGCACUUCCUCCUCUUGUCGACGUUGUUAUCCUUUUCCACCCCCCAAACCACGUUUCUCUCCCUCAUCGACGACGACACUUUUUUUCCGUCUCUGCACCGCCUGUCGGUUGCGUUGGGAAGAUAUGACCCGUCAGUGCCGUUGUAUCUCGGUGCCAGGUCAGAAAGCAAAUCGGCGAAUAGACAGUACGGGGAGAUGGCGUUUGGGGGGGCGGGGUUGUUUGUUUCUGUGCCGCUGGCUAGGCAGCUGGUUCCCUACUUUGAGAGGUGUGCGGUUGAGUAUGGGGGGAGAGACAGAGGGGGGGAUGAGCUGUUGAGGGAUUGUGUUUAUGAAUUUACGGAAGUGAGGCUGACGGAGGUGAGGGGGUUGUGGCAGGGGGAUUUGAGGGGGGAUGUUUCUGGUUUCUUUGAGGGGGGACGGGUGGGGAGGAGGGGGGGGGAGAGGCGGGGAGGAGGGGAGGGGAGGUAUCUUGAUCCAUGGCAUAACCCUGGGAUUCCACCGAGAGAUCACAAACGCGUGAAGAGAGAAGAGAGGGAGGGUGGUGCUGCUGGGGGACGGGGGACGAGGAGGUAUCUUGACCCAUGGAAGAACCCUGGGAUUCCACCAAGAAAUCCCGAACAGCUCCGCCGGGAGGAGAGAGGCGGUGGUGCUGGUGGUGGUAGAGGUACCGGAAGGUGGAGGGGGGGAGAGAAGAGGGAGGACAGAGGCGGUGGUGCUGGCGGGGGGAGGGGGACUGGAAAAUGGGACCACCUUCCCAUCUCUCCCAGCGACGCUCAACACCUCCCUCGGGAAGAAAGAGGCGGUGGUGCCGCUGGUGGGAGAGGCACUGGAAAAUGGGACCACCCCUCUAACCCCCAUCCCAAACACCUCCCCACACCCGACCUCCGCCCUAGAGACAACCCCCCCCCCCCCUCCUAA